AUGGGACAAGAACUCGACAUUGUUGUUGGUGUUAGAUUGUGUAGGUUUGUGUGGACAGCGUGUAAGGGCGGACAAAAUAACGUGUUCGAGAUGAGGGGCCUUUUCUCCCUGCUGGUGUCGUACAUAUUGAUGUACGCGACUGCGGGUGCACAGAUGAAAAACGACACUAACAUCGUAGAGUUCAUCGGACAGGGGAUACAGAAGGAGAUUCAAACAGUCAAACAGCCUAUUGAUGAAACUAUUGCAUUCGUGGGAUCUUCGCAGUGCAAAAAUGUUAAGAAGUUAUUGGGUGUCUCGUAUGAACAGCUGCAGGGAGAGAGUGAGCCUAAUCUUAACAGCCUCUCAUUGGUUUACAAAAGCAAAGCAUUUAAAGCAACCAUCAACAUAACGCUCGCAUCGGACGUGUUGCGCGAAGCGCGGCAGUACGAGGCAGAUGAGAGACUCAUCAUAUUCGUGCACGGCUUCACGGACGAUCCAAACAAAGGAAGCUUCUCUAACAUCAGCGAAAGUUUCCUAUAUAGUGGCGACAUAAGCACGAUCGCGUUGGACGGCAGCUCGCUCAUCAGAUGGCUGUACUUGCGCUCCACCACGUACGUGCGCUUCAUUGGAAGAAGACUGGGAGAGAUGUUGGCUGGUCUGGUGUACAAGGGUCAGGACCCAAAACACAUCCACAUAAUCGGUCACAGUUUGGGCGCACAUAUAUCUGGGUUUGCGGGUAAAACCUUCGAGAACAUAACCGGUUUCCGAGUGGGGAGGAUCAGCGGCCUGGACCCGGCUGGCCCUUGCUUCAGCCACAUAGAACCUGACUGCAGGUUGAAAGAAACAGACGCAGACUAUGUAGACGUCAUACACACGGAUGCUGGCGUGUAUGGGAUUAGAGAUGCUGUUGGUCACGCAGACUACUUCCCCAACAGCGGGUCAAAGCAGCCCAACUGCCUCCUCCAAAGCUGCUCGCACUCCCGCGCGUGGCAGCUCUUCGGGGUGUCCAUCAUAAACCCUAAGGCGUUCCCAGCGCUCAAGUGUAAGGACUGGGACGCGUUUAGGAAAGGCGAUUGCGAGAAAGAAAUAAGUUACAUGGGCUAUCCCUCGAGGCCCGGCACCAGGGGCCACUACUACCUCCAGACAGACGGCGCACAUCCCUACGGCUUAGGGAUGAAGGGCAUCGAAUACAAGAACAAUGAAGGAAUCGUUCAAAACAUUGGCAACAUAUUGGGAAAAACAAGUACCGGGGUAGUUCAAACUGUGAGUAUCGUUGCGGUUCAAAAUAUGAGCAUCAGUGUGGUUCAAAAUGGGAAACAACUACAGGGAGCAUUGAUUAGCCAUAUCCCAUUGAAGGUGGGCAAUGGAAAGGGUUUGUUAGGGAUAUUU